AUGAAGUUCCCCAUUCAGUAUGCCGACCCCGAAUAUCAACUAAACCAUCGCAAUCUCUUUUCAAAAUCGCUCUUGUGCCCUCUUUCGGUUACCCUUCCACCAGGCGUAAGUCAGCAACAGUUUGAUGAUGCGUUUGCCAAAUUUGAAAAUGCGGUGGGAAAAGACAAUGUAUUUCGAGGACAAGCUUUGGAAGAGUACGUGGAUCCCUACGAACUAUGGGAGGAGGAAGGGAAAAGGAAAAUGCCCAGUGCGGCAGUAUGCCCUUCUUCUAUGGACGAGCUACGAGCAGUAAUAGAGGUCGCUAAUGAGUUCGGAAUCCCUGUGUGGACUUUCUCGAGGGGAAAGAACCUAGGAUAUGGCGGACCAGCGCCAAGACUGAAUGGAUCAGUUGCACUUGACUUACAUCGCAUGAACAAGAUCAUCGAGGUCAACGACAAAUUCUCUUAUGCGGUUGUGGAACCCGGGGUCACCUUUACGGACCUAUACCUCUACUGUGUCGAGCACAAGCUCCGAGUCUGGCCAAGUGUGCCUUCGCUGGGAUGGGGAAGUGUUGUGGGGAAUACUGUGGACCGGGGAACCGGCUUCACACCAACAGCAACACACCAUCAACACAUCAGUGGGAUGGAGAUCAUGCUUGCGGAUGGGGAUCUUGUGCGGACAGGGCAGUUUGCGAUCUCUAACUCACCGUCUGCACAUCUAUCGAAAUUCAGCUUUGGCCCAUCCAUUGAAGGCUUGUUCCUGCAGAGCAAUCUAGGUAUCGUCACCAAGAUGGGAAUCUGGCUUCAUCCACAACCACAAGCCUACAUGUCUUGCACGUUUGAUAUGCCCAAUUUCGAGGACGUGGGAGUCAUUGUUGACAUCUUCGGGCCAUUACGGAGAGACGGUCUUUUACCGAACACUGUAUACGUCUCGAACAUUGUUGAAUGGCUGGGCGUGACUGGUCAACGUGCGAAGCUGUGGCCAAAAGAGGGCCCCAUUCCCGAGUGGCGGCUUCGUGAGCUGCAGAAGCAACUGGGCUUUGGCUACUGGAACGUCAAAUUUGGCUUGUAUGGCGCAAAGGGAGUGAUUCAAUCGCACUUUGACGAGCUCAAGAGGAUAAUCGGAAAGAAGGCGCCUGACUUAGUGCAUCGUCUUCAAGGACACCUCUUCUCUGCACAGGAUGACAAGGUUCUGGAAGCAACAUCUAUCCCGGAUCCUCACGGUGGUUUCUUCGUUGGGGUGCCCAGUCUAUGGAGCUUGCCAAUGGUGAGAUUCAGACUGCCUAAAGACAAGUUCGGCAUCGGCGCACAUGCGGAUUAUUCUCCUAUUAUUCCUUCUGACGGCGGAAAAGUCCUCGAGUGGGUGAAAACUGCUCGAAGGAUCUGUGAAGCUGAAGGAUUUGACCUCUUCUGCGAUUUCUUUAUGCAUGAACGACAUCUUAUUUUCGUCAACAUGAUGGUCUUCGACAAGGCGCAUCCAAGUCAUCGCAAAGCUGUCGAUACUAUCUUCCGGAACCUAUACAAAGAAGGUCGACAAAGAGGCUUCAGCAAAUACCGGUCUCAUAUCAACUAUAUGGAUUUGGUUGCGGAUGCCUAUGACUUCAAUGAUCAUGCGUACCGAAGGUUUGUGGAGCGAUUAAAGGACACAGUAGAUCCAAAUGGAAUUCUCUCCCCAGGAAAGCAAGGUAUAUGGCCUAUGAAGUAUCGUCACCUCAGAGAAAAGUUAUAA